AUGGCGGCCUCAGCACCUCCAGCAUACCACGAUGUUGUCUCUCCCGAAGAGGCUGGCUCUUUCAGAAGUUCUGUGCCAGCAACACAAGUUGAACUGCAUAUUUCUUGCAGGUAAAACUUCACAGAAGCUCAGUAACUUUUUACCGGACACCAAACAACAUGAAUUGUUAGCUUGCAUGCUUUGCUGCACGAGCAUUCGAACUCAACCUUUUUCACAACACCUGGAAAUUUUUCGAGUUUUUAUUGUUUUUAUUUUGUUCUAUUCAGGAAUCUCGCUGAUAUGGACGUUUUUUCAAAGUCUGACCCAAGUAAGUUUGUUGUAUUUGUGAAGAAAUAGUUCAUGAUCGUAGAAUGAUUAUCACGUGCCUGGAAUUCAUUUUCUGAUAUUUACAACAAUUCGUUCUGUUGCAAUUCCACAAAAAUUGAAUUCAUGUAAAACUGCCCUCAUAUGUCGUUGAACAGAAUUUCAGGUCAAAAACACGUUUAAAUCUGUACUAGAUUGGAGUAGAUUUUCUCGUGUCCCAGGUGCUUUAGUCCUCCAACGACGACAAAAAUACGAUUUAGAUCGAUUAAUUAGGUUUGAAUGUGUUCUCUUGAAGUCUCAAGGAUCCACAUAACUUUAAGAUUAAAUAUAAAAUGUCUCUCAUAUGUUUGCGAUUUUCAUACUUAUGAAAAAGCUGUUCCCUGUGCUAUUGAAUGUAUAUGUUGUGGUUCAAUUUUAUCCUUGGUUCAAAUUUGAUUUUCCUUUGUUUCAAACUCAUUAUCAUACAUUACAAUACCCAAAAAACAAAAGAAAACAAAAUUUGAACCAAGGAUAAAACUGAACCACAACAUAUACAAUGAUUGUGCAAUUAUUUAGUCUGAUCUACGUUCUCCUGAGUUUCAGUUGUAAUCCGCCAAAAAGAAAGGAAAAUUCACCUUAGAGUCGUUUGAUUCAUUUUUAAAUGCAAACAUCGCUGUAUACAUGAUAAGGGCUGAUUGAGGAAAUGUUCAAUAUUCACGUCAAAAAUUAUAUAUAUAAAUUGAACUUUUUGAAUGCCACGGUUUAAUAUGAUUUUCCAACAAAUUUUCUUCAUAACUAGAAAUUAAAAUGCUAUGCAGAUGAAUAACAUAAACAAUUGUUUGCUUUUAUAUUGAACCACAGCUGAAUUUUAAUAGGAAACUGAAGCAAUGCAAUGUUAAUCUUUGACAAAAAUAUGGUUAAACCACCAGCUUGCUGUGGAGAUGAAAUUUUAAUAGCUGAAAUCUCUUCCUCAAAUGGCUACAUUAUAUUUCAGUGUUUUUGGUUUUGAUGAGUAUUUUCAUGAUUUUAAGUAAAACUAUUAAUAGUAACAACAACUUAUAGAAUGUAGGUUAUAUUUUUUUUAAUAGGAUUGCAAAAUGAAGGGAUUUUCAGGGCUCUAAGCUCAAAUCUUUAUAGGUACCAUUUGUAAACCUUAGAUCAUUAUAUGGUCACUAAAAUCACCUGGCUGUGCUGCCCCCCCUCCUUAGAAAAAAGGAAAGAUGAAAACAAAAAGGAAAGAUGAAAACAAAAAGGAAAAUGGGAAAUGGAAAGAGGAUUCUUUAACAUUGACUGGCAAUGGGUUUUGGAGUUGUAAGUGACACAUCUCAAGACCUCAUAAUUAGAAAUCUGAGGAAACAGAGGCAACUUUAUGAUUAAUAAUAUUAAAAACAAUUCAUCAUCGAUAAUGUUGAAAUAAAUGGUUACCUCACUUCAACUUCAGAUCAUCGCAUUACUUUUUUAUUUAAAAUUGCUUAAAUAAGUGCUAUAUUUUAGAUGUAAUGGUAGGCCAUUCCACGGCUUUGGUGCACAAACAGAUUGAAAUGAUAUUGUCUUUUCUGCUAGGUAAUUAUAAUUGUGAAAUACCAAUUGUUUAAAUACUUUACAUCAUGUCUUUCUCACAGUGGUUGUGAUGUAUACUCAAGGAAUGGGAAGUAAAGAAUGGAGAGAGGUAAAAAAGAUGUCUUGUAAAUCUUUUGAAGGGUUUAUCAAAUGUCAAUUUUCAGGAGUUGGCUUUUGUUACAUAAUAAGUUGCAUUAGAUUUAAUGGGUCCUUGUCCAAGGGUGAUGAUAAGACUGCACCUAAGCUUUGUGGCCUAUGCCAUUGGAGCAUGAUCUGGUUUCCUUAACAUUCAUAAAGAGAUUAUUUAUUUUGGAACUCUCCCUGGACUGGACACUUGCCAUAGUGGACUAACCUCUAGCAUUUCCUCAGACCUCUGUGACAGAUCACCUUGUACUUUUUUUACAUUCCUCAUUGCAAAGAGGCAUUAUAUAUAAGAGUGAAUUAAUUGCAAUGUUAGCAACUGAUUAUUUGCUGGAUAAAUUAUCAAAAUCUAUUGAAAUUUGAAGUUGAGGGUACAUGUAAAUCAUAUUAUAUGUGACAGCUGUUUACUGUUUUUUCAAACAUAAGUUGUUUCUUAUCUUUCAGUUUGGGAGAACAGAGCACAUAAUGAAUACACUUAAUCCAGACUUUGUCAAGACAUUUACCAUCCACUAUUUCUUUGAGGAAAUGCAGAAGUUACGGUUUGAAGUGUAAGUUGAAGAAUAUACUUACUAAUUGGAAGAAACUUUUUAUAUCUAUAGAGACUCUUUAUCUACAAUCUUUGUUUCCUCUAAAUUUUGACAACAUAUCGAAAGAAGUUGAUUUUAAAGCUUAGUAAAUUGUUAAAAUGUCUUGUUUUUAUAGGUAUGAUCUGGAUAAAAGUUCUGCCAAGUUAUCAGACCAUGUGAGUAUCAGGCACUUACCCCUCUAUGUUAUUAACCCUUUACAACCUAAUAUCAGUAUGUAUAUUCUCCAUACUGUUCUCUAUACAUUUCCUGUGGCACUGACAAGGAGAAUUUGUUUAACAAUCAAGAGUUUCUUUAGUUGGUGAUCAUUUCCUUUAUUCUCAUGACCUUCAUGUGUGACUUAGGGAUGAUAUUGUAGGGAGAAGUUAGAUGCGAGUUAUUCUUAGGGGUUUAAGGGUUAAUAGUUUUAACCCUUUAACUCCCAGAUCAAAUUUGUAAUUCUCCUUACUGUCAACCAUACAAUUCUCAUAAUGUUAGGUCAGAGAAUUUAGAAUUGGAUCAACUAAUUAUCCCCAACUUGAUAUAUUUCUUAAUUCUUAUCACUUGUCUGGUUAAUACUGUAAUGAUAUUGUAAGGAGAAAUUCUGGUCACUCCUGGGAGUUAAAGGGUUAAAGGUGCAUUUGGCCCUCUUAAGUCCCAGCUGAAUGCACUCAACAAUUCAAUGCAACAUCUUGCAAUACUAUUGUGUACAACAUGUUGCAUACAUUUGGCCACCUUAUGGUAAUUUGUUGCAACAUGUUGGAUGGUGUUGAGUCAAGUAUGAAAAUAGUCAGUUUUUGUUACAGCAGUUUUUGAUGUUGCAGAAAUAUUAAUGAACACCCCCCCUUGAAUAAAUGUAGCAUCAUCAUGUAGCAUUUAUUUAUGAAUGAUAUAUUAAAAAAGCACAUAGCAAUUAUAGCUAUGAUCACAGCUGGAGAUUUUGAGUGAACCAGACACAAAUGCUUUUGAAUAUAACAGUUCUGAUGUCGAGAAAACAUAUCUGACAUAAUUAAGAUCUUUAUUAACUUUAUGUAUUGCAGUAGUAAAUAAAACAUGCAAAUUGUGAAAUUGAGAACAAUAUAAAAAAUAUUGUUUUAGAGAAGCACUGAAACAUGUUUCUGUUUUCCAAAAUUAAUUAAAGAUGGCCAGUUACCAAUACUAUUGUUUGGAUUUUAAAUAAACAAUAUCAAUACAAUAUCAAGGAGACAAGUGAUAAGAAUAGAGAGAAAUAUCGAUUGAGGGAUUAUAAGUUGAUCCAAUACCAAAUUCUCCAAACUAACAUCACAAGAACUGUAUGGCAGACAGUAAGGAGAAUUACUAAUAUGAUCUUGGGAGUUAAAGGGUGAAGCCCUGAUAUGAAGAAUCUCAUGGUCUAAUUAUAUUCACUUCUAUAUUUUAAGGAUUUCAUUGGAGCAGCUGAGUGUACACUUGGAUCUAUUGUGGGAGAAUUUGGUGGAAGGCUUCAAAAACAAUUAGUGUAAGAUCUCAGUGAAAUGAAAUAAGUAAUAUUUUAAUCUGUGACUAAUAUUCAAGUAUAGAUAUAAUAAUGAUACUUAUGAAAGAAAUUGCAGAAAAGAAGCAGUAAAAUAUUCAGACUUGAGGUCAAGUUUCUUUUCUGCAGUUGCUUAAAUUGUAACUCAUCUGCAAAGAUCAUUUCUUUUCUUGAAUAUGUGUAAAUUUUCUUACUCAGCAUGGUUAUCAAUGUGGCUAAUUUAUCUCAAAAUAAAUGCAGAUUGUGAACAAGCAACAAAAGGUGUUGAAUUAUGGAUGGCAAUGACCUUAUGUGGCCUAAAUUAUUAUCAAAUGUAUUGUGUGACAUAAGAAGUCAUGCUGUCAUGCUUAUCAGUCUCGUAUUCAUGUAAUUUGUGUGUAGUAGGGGGAUCUUUGGGUUACACAUCUGAGUUUAGAUAUAUUGUCAGUAAAUAAAUUUCUGUUGAGUUUUUGUCAUGUCUCACUCAUAUUUUGAACAUGGAAUGACACCAUACACUACACCAAAGAUUUUACUUACUUAUAUCAAAUGAGCUAUUUUACAUAAUACUCUAUUUAUUUUUAAGGUUUCUCAGUUUUUCGUUGUUAGUUAUUAUUCUGAAUACGUUCACAUUUAUUUUUUUUCCAGAAAUCCAAAAGUGAAAAAACCUGGAACAAUUAUUGGUAUGUAAAUAAAAUUGAUGUACAAAAUAACAACAUAUCAGCCUAAGGUUACAAAAUGAAAUACUUGAUCAAUUUAAAACUUAGUAAUCAAAGCUGUAGUACUUAGAACAAGAAAUUUCAUGCCUCUUUAUCCAAAAUGUAUUGCUAUUUUCUUCCUCUUAUAGUAAGUGCAGAGGAACUGAGUGACUGCAAGGUUAGUAAUUUUGUAGAGUGGAUAAAAGAUAAAUGUUUGCAUCCUUCAAUACCCUCUCUAAUAGGCCCCCCUUCUCUGAUAAGUCCCCUCUCUACUGAGUCCUCCUCUCCAAAGAGCUCCAUUCUCUGAUAAGCCCCUAACCUAAUAAACCCCCCUUUCUAAUAAGCCCCCCUCUCUAAAGAGCUCCACUCUGUAAUGAGUCCCUAUUCUAACAAAGUCCCCUUUCUAAUAAGCACCCCUCUGCAAUAAGUCCCUAUUCUAAUAAACCCCCUUUCCAAUAAGCCCCCCACUCUAAUAAGGCCCCUCUCUAAUAAUUCCCUAUUCUAAUAAAGCUCCCUUUCUAAAAAGUACCCCUCUCUAAUAAGCCCUCCUCUCCAAAGAGCUCCCCUCUCUAAUAAGUGCCUACUUUAUAUGCCCCCCUUUCUAAUAAGCCUUCCUCUCUAAAGAGCUCUCCUCUCUGUUAAGCCCCUUCUCAGCCAGGUUUCCCCUUUCUAAUGAGCCCCCAACUCUUGUUAAGCCUCGACCAGCUCUAUUGGAGCCUCAAGUUUCUAUUACAAUAAUUUUAUUUUUCUUCAAUACACUCCUAUUCUUGAUCCUAUCAUCCUAAUUAACCUCCCCUGUCUAAUGAGCCCCCGGAAGCCGUUAAGAGAUGGUUACAAUUAUUGACAGUCAUGGACUGAAAAGUUAUGAAUGAAAACUUCACUGCAAAAUCAUUAAUUCUUACCUGGUAUAUUUAUAGGAUGUGGUAACACUUCAGUUUAAAGGACACAAGCUUGACAAGAAAGACUUCUUUGGAAAGUCGGAUCCUUUCUUGGUAUUUUACAGAUGUAAUGAGGACAACAGGUUAGGUUAACCCCUUUCACACAAUGAUCAGUACUUAAAGUCUUCUUAAAAUAUCUUAAUAUUGACAAUGUAUUAAAAUACAUUGUCAAACAGGCGUGUAUUUAGAAUUGAGAAAUAGUUACAGGAGAGAGGUUGUUUUGAUGUAAUGACAAACUUGCAGAAAUGGCAAACAUAAAAAAAUCUGUAUCUGUCGGAAGAAUUUACCUUUUUUUUGUUGAACAUUUGAAAAUGUUGACAAAAAUGUUAGCUGGCACUCCCAUGUGUUACAAAAUAGAUAUCUCAUGGUAACUUCAAAUGCUAUUAAGGGGUGUGUAUUAAGUAGGAAAAAAUGACGUUUAGCUAUUAGAACUUGAGUGUUUUAUUUUGAGAAAUGACUCAUUUGGGGGAGGGGGGAUGGUGCAGUGGUGAGAGCACUCACCUUCCAUCACUGUGGCCUGGGUUCAAUUCUAGGACCUGGCGUCAAAUGUGGAUUGAGUUUCUUUUUGGUUCUUGUCCUUGCUCCAAGGGUUUUUCUGUGGGUCCUCUGGUUUUUCUUCCUCCACAAAAACCAACAUUUCAAAUUCCAAUUUGACCUGGAAACAGUGGACAGAAAGAGUCACCUCAUGGAUCGUGAACUGCUAAAUUAUUAUUAUUAUCAUCAUCAUUAUUAUUAUAGGUUAAGAAUAUAUGAAAGUCAUAUAUUUGAACUGUGGAUCAAUGAAAGUAUCAUAUUUAGUACUUUUUGAACCCAUGACCUCUGUUAUUUCCAACUGAGCUACACCAACUGGGAGCAGUUCAAAUAAACCCGGACAGAAUAAAUGGUUAAGAAUAUAUGAAAGUCAUAUAUUUGAACUGAAUCCAAUGAAAGUUCCUCGGAAGGCCUGAAAAAAAAAUUCAGGCCUGUAUUUACUAUCCAUUUCCAGCCAGAGUUCACUUUAAGAACAAUUUGGGAGAUUAUGAUCGGUAAAUAUAAUGUUCUCUGACUAUUUAUACAGUCAAACCUUGAUUAUCCAGAUUUAUUGAUUAUAUGGACCUGCUUCUCUGGGCCUAUAUUUCAAUAGUAUUAAUUAGUUACAUUGGAGAUCAGUAUCAACUUUUUCCCCUUCAAACAAAUAUUACUAGUAUUGAUGCAAUUUUAAUAAUGCAGCCUCUAAGAAUGAUAGAAUUAGAGAUGUAGUAGCUUAAAACAAAUUGAUCUAUUUCAGCAUGUUAGGUCUUAAAACAUCGUUAUUUAUAAAAUAAUUCAAAUAGUACACGCGCUCUGAUUGGCCAUAAAACCAUUUUACAUGAGCGUAUGCAAACACGGUUUUCGUUCCUCUUUCAUUAGUUAUUUUAUAAAAGAAAUGUAAAAUAGUUUCCGUGUUUUCAUAGCCUGAUGUAAACACUUGGGAGGUUGGGAGAACACGAGAUAAGCUUAGGAAACCACGACACAAAGCGGAGUGGUUUCCAGCUUAUCGAGUCCGUGUUUACAUCAGCCUAUGUAAACACGGAAACUAUUAAGUACAUUUCUACAAUAUCAAACACUUUUACUCCCAAGAACAAAAUAUCAAUUCCUCAUAACAUACUUAAUAUAUUUCGUAUAACUUUGGCUCUGUAAAUUUGGUGUGAAUUCAACAAAUAUCCCCAAAUAUAUGUUUUCCUUUCUUCUCCUCACCUUUUUUUAGUUAAAAGUGCAUUGAUAUUGUAAGGAGAAAUUUCCCUUUGGUCACUCCCAGGAGUGAAAGAAUUUAUUUAACAUCUGGUUUUUUUGCAUUUUGCUUCUCAGGUCCAUAAGAGUUGAAUGUUAUGACUGGGACAGGGAUGGCGGGUAAGAUUUAAACAACUCCAGACCUGUAGAUAUUUUUCAUCUCUUAACAGGCAACUUGUUUGUCCAAAUAGGUGACAAGUAUGUUCAUCAACACUCACUAUUUCUUGCCUGCAUAGGGUUGCUUUUACAGAUUUUUCCUGUGAGCAACAACCUCUAAAAAUUUUCACACACCAUAUUACUAUUUAAUAUUAAUAUUAAAUUUACUGAGUGCAGUUGGUGAAAAAAAAUUUAUUAUAAGUGUCUGGAAAUCUUGAUGAGGGAUUCUCUUGUUUUAGACAUGAUCUGAUUGGAAUAUUUUCCACAACCAUCAAUGAACUUAAUAGAACUCCAGGAUUAAGUUUUGAGGUGAGCAAGAUUCAAUGGAAUAGUACUGAGAAUGACAAGCCUUGUAAUGAUGAUGAGGAGUCUGUUAUGCCUGAAAUACAGACAAAAGUUACACAAUAUUAGUCACCCAAAUCACUUUUUGCUACCAAGUCGCAGAGGUCACACUCAUGACCACUAACAAUCUCAGGAAAAGACAACCAGUAACACCUAGGCAUGUAACAACAAGAUUAUGUGCCCUACAAAUAAUAAUAAUAAUAAAUGCUUUACUUAAAUGGCACUAUUUCAGUCUAUAUCUAUCCAAUAGUACUUUGCAAUGACUGAAAUAAACAUAAAGUGCUUGAAAAUCCCUAUUGGUAGGAGGCAGACCAGUUAGCUCUUUGCACAGCACAAUCGAGGAGUUAAACUUGGGGUGAUGAGAACAAAUCCAGUGAGUGGCAGGGUGGAGGACUUGCACCCAGAACCACCAGAUUACAAGUCCAGCACCCUAUUCAUUUGGUCAUGCCACUUCCUAACUAUCUAUUACCUUUGAUUAGGCAUACAGUGUGUAAAUGCUAAAAGUAGUUAGUAGUAUAUGCAUAUAGCAUUUUUGGAUAGUGUGGGUUUUUGAAGCUUGUGUUUUAUCCCUUGUAAUUCAGUUUUUUUUUCAACUGCAAUGGGGAUUAAUAAACAGUAAAAUAAAAAAAAAAACUUUAGAAUGAUUAUUGUUACUAUGUGAGAGAGGUGGUGGCCUCAUGGAAAGUGUGGUGGACUCUAGGUCAAGAAGUCUGGGUUCGAGACCUGGCUGUGGGUAUAGCAGUGUAAUUUUACUUACUUACUACCCAUCAUGCCUGUGUGGCACAUAGGGCAGCAACAAAAUCCUUCCAACCCUGUCUAUCUUUAGCCAGUUUUUCAAUGGUGCUCCAGCUGUAAUAGUGGAGUUAUUUCGGGUAGGGCCUAACCCCAUUGCAAUGGACUGGCCUUCCAUAGCAGUGUAAUAGUGGAGUUAUAUUUAGGGGUAACCCCACAAUGGACUGAUAUCUUGCCUAGGAGAAAAAGGAAUCUUUUUGUUGUUCCACAUUGCAGAAACUGGGAUAUGCUCUUAAAACUAAUCAUCACUAAUCAUUCUUGUAUGUAAAUAUGUUUUUUAAUGUCUUUACCCAAUGUCUUUGCCAGUGCAUGAAUCCAAAGAAACAAGCGAAAAAAAAAGGUUACAAGAACUCUGGCACGGUUAGUGUAGUAAACUGUAAAUAAAUGAGAACUGAGCUCAAUACAUGUAAAAUUUUGCUACACGUGUUGAAUAGCUAAUUAAUUUUAGGCUGAUGUUUUAUUCCCUUAUUCUGGGUAAUACUCUUAUUGCAUUUUUUUUCAACCAGAUUUCCCUUAUGCAGUGCAAACUAGAGCAGCAACCUUCAUUCUUAGACUACAUCAGAGGAGGGUAAGACACAACUCUUACUAAUUAAGUUCAAGAUCCAUACUGUAAAUUAAAGACCAGGGUUUUUUCUACUCUGAUUUAUGGACUAAUUAAGCAAGAAGCAGAGCGUGCAGGCUGCAAAUUUAAGUGGAAAAAGAGGUUCUGUAAAUUACAAAAAAUGCUGAGAAAACAAGGUUAUAGCAAGAUGUUUAUAAUAUCUCUGGAUUCUAAUAGAGCAGGAAUAUUUCAAUUCAAAUAUAUAAACUUUUUAAUUUUUUAGCAGGUCAUACAGCGAAAUAUGGUGGGCUAAAUUGACAAAUCAUAGCACAAGUUCUAAAUGAGAGAUGGAAUCUCAUUAUCUGCUCGUUGCUAUUCAUCAUGUGAUCCCAACUUUCUGUUUGGAAUAGUUCUCCAAGGUUUAAGGCUGUGUCCUAUAUACCUGCUCUGUAGUGGUCUAAUAAAUAAAGUAUUGGUUCUUAGAAUAACUACCUACUGUAAACUUGGAUUUGGGUUUACUAAGUAUAUAAUGAAAUAAUUUGGGCAGUGAGUUGCAUGUCAUUAGUUAGACAUGGAACACGAUCCAUGAUUUGAAUAUAUAAUGGAGAACUUUCCAUUAGUAUUAUAAUUUAAUGCAUGCUUCACUAGCUCAGACUAGUAUAAACUAGAUUUCAGUUUUAUAGUUGGCACAGAACCUAUUAUUACUUAAUAUGCUGUACCCUGAUGUAGUUAUGGGAUGCAUACCUGAUAUCGUUUUAGCAUCUAGGCUGCAAGUGCGGUUGACAAUUUGUGCAGAGCUUGAAAUUUACCAUCUAUAGCAGAUGGUCCAGAACUUACAGUGAAACUGUUCUAAAAAUGGCUUGAAAAAUUGCAGUUGACAGUGAUUCUUGUCUUUGGGAAACUGUCUUUCUUUCAAAAGUUGUAAGCUAGGCUGUUUCAGACACUGAUCUUGUUGUUUUGCAGAACUCAGAUAAGUUUCACUGUAGCCAUUGACUUCACUGCAUCAAAUGGUAAGGUAGCCAUUGUAAUACUGUGAUCAUCAUGAGCACUUAACCCUGUAACUCUUAAGAUCUGGUUGUUAAUUCUCCUCUCUGGCUGCUACACAUUUCCUUGUAAGUUAUCUACAAGAAUUUGGUGUUAAAUCAAGAUAGCUUCUAUCAGAUAAGUCAGAGUAUUCUCAUUACCUGUUUGUGGAUAUUAUAGGGAGAAGUUACAUGUUAAUCACUUCUGGGAGUUAAAAGAUCAAGGAUUGCUCACUACAGAAAUUGCAAUGGCAAUAGUUAGUGCACAUGGUAGCUCUAGUGUGAUACAACACAAUGUCAGUACUUGCUUGCAUUUGGCUAACUUUCUCAAAGAUUAAUGACUGUUGAUAAGCAACUUAAUUUGGUAUAGUUGUUAGAAUUAUGGUUGUGGUUUACCUUGUAUUGAAUGCUAUUUUGAUUGCAAGUUCAUAAUUGCCUUUGAUUUCAAUAUGCCAACUUUAAUUCAAAAUGAAAAAUGACUCAUUUGUUUCAAUUAAGGUGAUCCAAGGAAUGCCAACUCCCUGCACUACAUUAACCCCUAUGAACAAAAUCAGUAUGUCAAGGCACUGACUGCUGUUGGUGGAAUCUGCCAGGACUAUGACACGUAAGUGUUGUUUGUCUGAAAUCAGACAAAGUCAACUUUUUUUUUGUCCUUUUACUUGGAGAAUUUUUACUGUGUAAUAAUAGAAAUGAUGGUGAUUUUAAGUUGAAUUGCCUUGAUUGCUUCUCCAGAGAUAAACUCUUUCCUGCCUUUGGUUUUGGAGCUCGCCUUCCUCCAACCUGGCAAGUUUCACAUGAGUUUCCUCUGGUGAGUCCUGCAAGUGGCCACACCAUCCUUGUUGUAGUGCUUGGGCAUGAGUAUUUCUUUGCCCAUGAGAGAGUGUGAGGUCUUAAGUAACACAAGCUGUUGAUAGGUUUGCUAUGGUCUAGCAAUGAUAAUUGUUAGUGCCAGAUCCCCAGCAAACCUCUUCCAGACUCAUCUUAAAUAUUCCUUCCACUGGAGAAUUGUGCAUCCUGCAGGGCUUAUAAUGAGGGCCUGCUCUCAGGUGAACCCUUUAACCCCUAAUGACGACAAUAUCACCCCUGAAUCACAUAUGAAGGUCACAAGAAUAAAUGGAACAAUCACCAACUAAGGAAGCUCUUGAUUGUUGAACAAAUUCUCCUUGUCAGCACUUUUGGUAAUGUACAAAGAACAGUGUAGAGAAUGUGUCUACUGAUGUAAGGGUGUAAAGAGUUAAGAAAAUUUGUUUUAAAUUUGACUAAGAGUUCUAUUAAUCAGUGCUUCAUUAUUACUGUUUUGAAAGAGAAAACACCAUUUAUUAAUGGCAUAAUUAUUUCUUUCUAGAAUGGUAAUCCUCAAAAUCCAAUGUGUGAAGGAAUAGAUGGAGUUUUAGCUUCCUACUACCACAGUAUACAGCGAGUGCAACUCUAUGGUAACCUCAAGUAAAAGUGUAUUGUAAAUGUUUUUUAAUCUUUCUUUGCCCUUCCUAUUUGACAACCUUCUGAAGAAACCACCUCAUCUGGUGAAAAGCAUAGUUUUUUUGGAGAACUUUAAUCUACUGUCUAUCUAUUUAUCUAUCAGUACUUUCUCAUUGAAAAAAUGUACCUGCAAAACAAGCCUUCAAAAUUGAUAGGUCAUCUGUUCUUUUCAUCAUCAUCACUCUGGAUCUUACAGUGCUAUCUUGAGAUUCUGUUGAAGCUCUCAGCACUUUCUUUUUGAAAAAAUGUACUUGAAAAACAAGCUUUUCUAAACAGACAAGUUAUCUGUUCAAUUGACUUGUCUUUAUUAAUAUAUUAACCUUGUUGCUCUUGAUCUUACACUUAGUGAUUUAAAGUGUAAUGAUAUCCUUGUGUUUUACAUUUUAGGUCCUACCAACUUUGCACCAAUAAUAAAUCAAAUCACUAGGUUAGUUGGAAAUAAUUUUUUUCCUCAAACACUUCCUCAUCUUUGUCCAAAUUGUAAUAGUUAACAUUUACGUGUUAAUUUAUUUCUGUCAAUAUGUCAAAAAUGGUUGGAAAUCUAAUUGCUGACACAAUAUUUUGUCUCUUUGGCUGCGUGGAGGUGAAUAGCACUUGCUAAUCACUCCUAACCAGCCAACUAUUGCACACAAAAAGUACUAUUAACCUGUGUGGUAUUUAUUAAUAAAAGCCAUGCAGUGGAUGACCAGGUUUAUUGUCAUUUUUCUUUAUAUAUUACAGACUAACCAUAGAAUAAAGCAAGCAUUACUUAUUAUAAAUUCUGAUUAAUUCUCACAUUUAGCAGACACUAAAAUGAUGUUAGUUUUCUUUUUUUUCUAGAAUAGCAAGUGCAGCACAAAGGGAGAGUCCUGGCAAAGAGUAAGAACUUUUAAAAAUUCCUGGAACCUCAAAAAGGCUGUGCUCAAACAUCUCAUUCCCAUGCUUACAAAUCUAAUUCUCUUUCUAGAUAUUUUGUGCUACUGAUGUUGACAGAUGGAAUUAUUUCAGACAUGGCUCAGACAAAAGAAGCCAUUGUAAAUGUAAGUUUGUUUCAAAUUAAACUGUAUUUUGACAAUCCUGCCACCAGCUUGCAUUGUUAGCCAUGCAGUCAUGCAUGUUAUUUUUAUUUAUAUUACCUCAUGGCUCUUGGCAGUGUUGUAAUGCAAUAAGCCAAUUUUUUGAUAAGAGUACAGACAAUGCUGCUCAUGUCAACCUGAUAUGAUCUUGAUCAUGCACUGAAAGAAAUAUUUUACUUGAUGUCAAUAUUGUGGAUAAAAAACAAAUCAACAGUGGUUUACUGUGCUCCGUACUCUUAUCAAUAAUAACAUUUGUCAUCACAGUGCUCAAAAUUUGUUACAGACUCACUCACUGCACCUCAUGAGUCCACAACAUUUUGACUACUGUGAUGACAAAUAUCAUUGCAGUUAAGAGUAGAGACCACACUAAACCACUGUUGAUUUGAUACAUUCUCUAUAUAGAUGCACAAGAUAAAUGUAGUGGACAUGCCCAAUUAUUAGCCAGUUGUAAUGGGUUCCAAAAAAGUUAUCAGGCUCAGUCAAAUACCAGCACAAUUUUUUAGCUACUAAUAUCAACUUUGAGAAAGUUGCUAGAGAUCAUGUGCAUUCUUUAUUUGUGAAUUUUAGAUUAGAUCUUUUAUGCAAUACUUCUGUUUCUUCAAACUGAGAUAAAAAUCUGAAUCAUUCUUUUUUUCAAGUUGAAAAAAUCUGGUUUGCACUUGACCAGCUAUGGUAUUAUCCUGGUAAAUUGUUCAAGUGUGACCAACCCUUACCUGAUAAACUUGACUCAAGUUAAAGCUAUAAAUUAAAUUUUUCCUUGCAGGCAGCUUCUCUUCCUAUCUCCAUUAUUAUUGUGGGUGUUGGAGCAGCAGAAUUUGAUGGUAUGUACAUAAUUACAAGUUUACGUGCAUAUCUACUAAUGAGUGAUUUGAUAUUUGAUACUUAUAAGAGUGAAGAAAACGUGAUGUGCUAUCCACUGGGUAGAUAUUUUUAACCAGCCUGCAGGGCUUAUGUAAUUUGGCGAUUGAGUGCUCUGCAUUUUCUUAAUGAAAAAUAUAUUGGCCAUCUCUGAUUUUAAUGGCAGCAGAAGGCUGAGGAGAGAAAGAAAUUUGUUCCAAGGUGGUGGUCGACAGUCAAAAAUGAGGAGAGGGGUGCCAUCCACUCCAACUCCAAAACAAACAUGGUCAGCCAGAUGAAUGAUCACUUAUAGCAUUAGUUCACCCUAAUAAGAUGCCUGCACUGCAGGCUAAUUUUUAACCAUUGGAUAGCGUUAUUACCCUUGGAACAACCUGGGCCCAGUGGUCAGAGUAGGACUUAAACCCAAGACCUCAGGAUUGAGUACCAAAUGUGCUCUCCCCUUAACUAUGCUGCCUUUGCAGCAUGAAACUGAGUAACAAUACUCCAAGUCACUUCAUAUUGUGAAGACCAGGUUAAGUUCCUGUGGUCCAGCUGCAUUGUUUGUGUGGGAUAUGUGUUCUUUCUUGAGAGAAAUUGCUCUAUAUUUUGGAAAUCAUGGGCCACUAGAUAAUUUAAACUCAUUGUGAAAGUAUACCAUUAAUUUAUCAUAUCCUACACUUUCAUUGUUUCUCAUUACAGCCAUGGAAGAGCUUGAUGGUGAUACAGUCCGUCUUUCAUCACGUGGGAGAACUGCAGAGAGGGAUAUUGUGCAGGUAAGGACAGCGUAUAUAUGCUUACAAAGAACAGUGUUAAACCUCUUACUCCUGUGAUCUAGAUCUAAAUUUCAAUUCUCUACACUUCCUACCAUAUUAUUUAUAGUGGUAAUAGGACUGAAAGGAGUUCAAUUAAGUUUGUAAUCAUACAAUUGAUGAAUGAAAAUGGACGUAACUGGAGUCUCAAUUGUUAAGUGUGAUUACAGACAAUUGGGCAACACAAAGUCCCAUUACCAGUUAAUCAAAACUACAUCAAAAUUCGAGAAAGAAAUUGGAAAUUGGUUAUACAUUUUCGUUAAGAAAAACCAGUUAACUUGGCAAAAUGCGUGACAAAAGCAUGUGUGCAUGAGGCUACUGUCUACAUACAUAGGCAUGACAUGUCAAUUGUCCUAUUUCACUGUCCAAUUACAAGCAUGAUGCAUUCACUGGCCUCUUCUAAUGCUUAAAUUGGGCUGGUGAUAACCAAUCCAAUGCAAGAAUUUUGCUGCAGUUUUGAUUAAUGAAAAUUUAGCUCUGAGAAGUCAGAGGUAGAUCAGAAAAUAUCUUCUAAUUGAUAUGUUUCUUUCUUUUCAACACAUGUUUCUUUCUUUUCAACACUCUUCUACUUGAAAUUGUAUCGGGCCGUAAGGAGAAAUUCUGUAAGGAGAAACUCUGUUUUGUGCACUCCUCUCCUCUUACAAAUUUAAAAAAGUGAAGAUCAAGUAUUACCAUUUUUUGAUUUUAUAGGCUGCACCACCUUGAAGUUUAUCUUGAACAAAGUGGUUUCAAUUAUUAAUAACAUACCUUUAGCAGUUAGUUGUUGAACUUCUUUCCUGAGCAAAUGGUGAGCUUUUUCACUCUUCUCCAUGGGACUAGGUAACAUCAUGCCAGAGAUCCGAUCACUUUCAAAACAUUGACCAUCACAAACUCUUAAUUGUGAAGUUUAAUGGUUGAUAGUAAAGUGUUAUGGUUAAAUAAUGUAAACAUCUACGAUGUACACAUAGCUUUUAUUCUGUAGCAUUUGAGCACUGCCAUUGUCUCUCUCCUCAGUCAACCCUUUUUUCUUCGGCUCCUUCCUUUUCAUCCAUCUCCUCAUUGAUCCAAAUAUUUCUCUCAAUUCAUCUAUCUGAUCUGUCAGUCCAUUGGUUGAUAUGUUUGUUUGCUUUGUAGUGAUGAUUAUAUUGUUCAUUCUGUUCACCUAUUCAUUUCUCUGUCUUCUCUUCACGUAGUCAAUAUCUGCACUCAUCACUUUUUUGGGAACUUUCAUUCAAAAAUUCUUCUUUUCUUGGGGAAAAUGUAGACAUUGGUCAUUUGAGUGAUCAAAAAUAAAUUUUUUUUAGCUGUGAUUGGUUUGGAAAGGUUUUGUGCUUUCACCUUAAAAAUUUUAUUUCCCUUGUUUUCACAGUUUGUCCCAUUCCGAGAUUUCCAAACACAUGGCAUAUUAGCUUCAGAUUUGCUCUCAAAAGAGGUGUUGGCAGAGGUGCCAGAUCAACUCUUAUCCUACAUGACAAAAAAUACCAUAAGACCGAAGCCACCUCUGCCAAUUUCAGUUGACAACAUCACUCCAAUCAUACCACAUUCGGCAAAUCAAGAUGCAUCAUACCCAGCCAGUCAGAGUGCACCAUAUCCAGUGAAUCCAAGCGCCCCUCCAUUUCCAGCUAAUCACAGCAUUCUUAAUGCAGCUAAUCAGGGGGCUCCGUAUCCAACCAAUUAG